ACAACAGCGAUCCAGAUGCUGUAGAGUUCUUUGGGGAAUGUAUGAAUAGUUCCAAAAAUGGUCGCACUCCUCUUGCCAAUGAAAUAUAUGAACGGAUGGUGGCAGAGAAGGAUAGAGAGCCAGAAGAAGGAGAAGCAAAAAAAUCUCCCACCAAGAUUGUUGAUGAAACUCUUAGCGAGAUCAGCCGCUCAUCCACAUUUCUUCCUAACAUUGGUGCCCCUCAACCAUCAAAGAAUGCUCAGUCCUCAUCGACAGCAGCACAAGCACGCAUCCAAGCUGAGUUUGAGGCAAGCCUCCAAGCUGAAAGAGAGGAAGCUGCUAGGAAGCGGGAAGAGUUGCAGGCACAGCUUCAAGCUCAGCAGGCCGCACUUGAAGAAAACCAAAAUUUGCUGCGGCAGACCCAAGAGGAAGUGAGGGGGAUGACUAGCAGGUUUGAGGAGACUAAUGCGCUGCUGCGAGCUGUCCUGAAACUUCAGAAAGAUUGAGGUAUGACUGCAGUUUCUGAGGAUGAGGCCUUUGUCUAAGCUUUUGCUACAUUGCUUCAACUUAGUCUGUGCUUGGAACUUUGUGAGAACUAUAUGCCAUCUGGUUGUAUGUUAGAUUGUGCCAUAUAUUUGUUUGUUUGCUGGAACCUGGAACAAUGUGCUGCAACCUAGAAUCUGGAACUAUGUGGUUGAACAAGUAUGCUGCAAGUUUGUGGUUGGAACAUGUGUAUCCAUGAUGGCUUCAGUGAAUUGUGUCGACCUGUGAAUUCUGAA